AUCGUCUGUCUCGCUCGCACCUCCUCCCGGGCGCGCGCGCCGCCAUGUUGGUCAUUACGUGAUUUUGUGUUGUCCGAGUCACACCGUUAUUAUUUAAGUUAUUUAUCUUUCCUUUUCGUGGAGACUAUGGGUAAAAGGAAACGUUCGAGAUCGCGAUCUAGAAGUGAUAUACAUAGGAAAAUGAAAAAAUUGGAACGAAAACUGGAGAAAUAUAAAAAAUGUGCACCAAGAUCAUCAUCGUCGGAAACAUCGGAUAAUCCAGAAAGAGAAUGGUCAGCGGAUGAAUUCGAAAACACAGAUAUUUUCACAAAUCCAGAUGACGUUUUCACACUGGAUGAUGAGGAACCUCUGCCUGGCCCAUCUAGAUUGAGCGCCCCACCAUUGCCUUCGUCAAUGCCGCAAGCGACCACUACAACAAAAGAUACUCUUACCAUCAACAAUGAAGAACUUAUUAAUGAAGGUCAGCCGGUGGACGAACCCUCUUGUUUGGAUCCUGAAAUCCUGCAGAUUUUAGGUGAGGAUCCUUCUAAUCUCAAGGAGUAUGGCGAACAUCUUCAUAAAGACUUAGCAUCAAGAUGGUCUCAUAUAGUAACGAAUGGACUAAACAAAGAAAUCAAACAGGAACUUUUAAAAAAGUACCUUACACCGGAAAAUUGUAAAAACCUAAAAGCACCUAAACUUAACCUGGAAGUCAAAGCUGCACUAAACGACUUUAACAUAAAGAAGGAUUCCUACAAUCAGAUGAAGCAAAAUCAAUUGUCAAGUGCACUUACCGCCAUAGGAUCAGCCUUGAAUAUGAUACUUUCAUCAAAAGAUUCAUCAAACCAGCAAUUACAACAAUUAAUACAACCUCUUAGUGAUGCCGCUCGUUUAAUCUGCGACUGUCAUUACAAAGAAUCUGUGUCAAGAAGAUUCGAUAUCACUAAGAUAUUAAACAAAGAAACCAAAGAUAUGGUAAAAAACAGUAAAAUUGAUGAAUACUUGUUUGGAUCAGAUCUAGCCGAUCAGUUGAAGUCUCACAAAGCUAUUGCCAAGUCGGGGUUGGAGAUGAAAGCAGUGAGCACCGCACGCGUGGCAUUUAGACAAACUCCGACAACCCAAACACAACGAGGAGCUUUAAACGCGAGGGGGACGACGCGGGCAACUGCCGGCGGGACGCGUCGAAAUCCCAUACCCCGGAGGCCGGCGCCGGCGCCCACGCGAGAUCGGCAGUACACGCAGAACACAUCCAACUCCGCAACGACGCCGCAGAACUACAGCUCGCGCGCACGGACGACGACGCGGAGGCGCCACUAAAUAACCAGGUACCUAUAGCAGGAAGACUACAAUACUUUAUCGAUGAAUGGUCUAAUAUAACUGAUGACCCCGUGAUUCUAUCAUGGGUUAGAGGUUACACAAUACCUUUUAAAAGCGAACCAUUUCAAGGGCCGACUCAAAACAUAAAUCUACAAUCAGAUGCAAUAUUGGCUCAAUGUGUUAAUGAACUUCAAAAAUCUAACUUCAUAUCGCCGUGUAAUCCAUGUAAAGAACAAAUCAUUUCACCAAUAUUUACAGUACCUAAACCUAAUAAUAAACACAGAUUUAUUCUUAAUCUAAAACAUUUGAACAAAUUCAUUCAAUUAGACCAUUUCAAAAUGGAGGACUAUAGAACUGUAUUAAAAUUAUUAGAUAAAGAUUAUUAUAUGGCAAGCUUAGAUUUGAAAGACGCUUAUUUUCUUAUUUCCGUCGACAAGGAAAGUAGGAAAAAAUUACGUUUCCAGUGGAAAAAUAUUUUCUAUGAAUUUAAUGUUUUACCUUUUGGCCUCUGUACAGCCCCAUUUGUGUUUACGAAACUUCUGAAACCUAUUCUUCAGUACUUACGUAGUUCUGGUUUUCUUUCGGUUGCAUAUCUCGAUGAUAUCUUGUGCAUUGGGAAAUCAUACGAAGAAUGCCUAUUGAAUAUUAAUACCACAACAAAUCUUUUUGAAUCAUUAGGUUUUGUGAUUAAUACAACCAAAAGCAACUUAGUACCUAGUAAUAUUUGCCAAUAUUUGGGUUUUGUGUUUAACUCAAUAGAUAUGACAAUUUCAUUGCCAAAUGAAAAGAGACAACGUAUACUAGACCGAAUCAAUGCGUGUUUAAGAGUAAAAAAAUGUACUAUACGUUAUUUCGCUGAAUUUAUUGGACUUUUGACUUCCGCAUGCCCCGCAGUUCGUUAUGGCUGGCUUUAUACAAAUCUAUUUGAACGAGAGAAACUUUUGGCAUUAGAUAACACAGAUAAUUAUAAUAAAAAGAUAUUACUACCUUCCAGCAUUCACAGUGACCUCAAUUGGUGGCAAAGAAACAUAAUGUCAUCUUGUUCACCAAUUACUACUAACAAUUUUCACAUUGAAAUAUUCAGUGACGCUUCUGAAACAGGCUGGGGAGUAGCAUGCGCAAAUCAAAGUUCUCAUGGUAAUUGGACACUAUCUGAUAUGUCAUGUCAUAUAAAUGCGUUAGAGUUGAAAGCUGCCUUUUACGGCCUACGAAUAUUUGCAUCCAAUUUAAGUAACUGUGAUAUCUUACUUAGAAUCGACAACACUACUGCCAUAUGUUACAUUAACCGAAUGGGUGGUGUGCAACACCCACACUUGAACCAAUUGGCACGUGAGAUAUGGCAGUGGUGUGAAGAAAGAAAUAUUUAUAUAUUUGCAUCCUACAUAAAAUCAGAAGAUAAUAUAGUGGCUGAUAGGGAAUCAAGGAAAUUAAAAAUUGAUACGGAAUGGGAAUUGUCUAAUAACAUAUUUUCAAAAAUUAUUAAUACAUUUGGACUGCCUGAAUUUGACCUAUUCGCAAGCUCACAAAAUUUCAAAUGUCAUAGAUUCGCCUCAUGGAAACUUGACCCGCUUUCAGAAGUCGUAGAUGCUUUCACUUUCGAAUGGAAAAAUAUUUACUUUUAUGCCUUUCCCCCAUUUAGCAUUAUUACAAAAGUUUUGCAAAAAAUUAAGACCGAUAAAGCAGAAGGCAUAUUAAUAGUUCCUAACUGGCCAUCACAGCCAUGGUACCCACUUUGGUUGAGUUUGGUAGUGUCACAAAAGCUAUACUUCGGAC